AUUUACGCGGUAGCAAAAGAGAAAGUAACGAGGAUGGUGCGGGUGGCGCGCGGGGCGCGGGGCGGGCGGCGCGCGCGGGGUAGCGGGCGCGAGGCGCAGCGGCGGCCGCGCGGGGACGCGACGUACCGGGCCGGAGCGCGCCGCGCCGGGUGAUCUUGAGUUCUUCUUAACUUGCUAGUGCUCAGCCUCCUCAUGCCUCCAUCUCCUUUAGACGACAGGGUAGUUGUGGCACUUUCGAGGCCAGUGAGACCUCAGGAUCUCAACCUUUGUUUAGACUCUAGCUAUCUUGAAUCUGCCUCUUCUGUCGGUGAAAGCCACUCCAGUCUGCUCGGCGCAGCUGUUGUGUCCCUAAAGACUGCUAAUCUCACGUAUAUGCCCUCAUCUAACGGCUCUGCACGCUCCCUGAGUUGUGGAUGCAGCAGUGCCAGUUGCUGCACUGUGGCAACGUACGACAAGGACGCUCAGGCCCAAACUCAAGCAAGUGUCAACGCCGGAGCUUCCACCGCCUGCCCUGCCAACCAAAUGGUCAACAACAAUGAGAACACCGGUAGCUUGAGCCCGCUGGGCGGAGUGGGGAGCCCGGUCUCAGGCACCACCAAGCAACUAGCUAGCAUCAAAAUCAUUUACCCCAAUGAUCUGGCGAAGAAGAUGACCAAAUGCAGCAAGAGCCACCAACAGAACCAAGGGCCUGUCAUCAUUGACUGCAGGCCGUUCAUGGAGUAUAAUAAGAGCCACAUUCAAGGGGCUGUCCACAUUAACUGUUCUGACAAGAUCAGCCGGAGGAGGCUCCAGCAGGGCAAGAUCACUGUCUUGGACUUGAUCUCCUGCCGGGAAGGCAAGGACUCCUUCAAGAGGAUCUUUUCCAAAGAAAUCAUAGUUUAUGACGAGAAUACCAAUGAGCCAAGCAGAGUAAUGCCUUCCCAGCCACUCCACAUAGUGCUGGAGUCACUGAAGCGAGAAGGCAAGGAACCCCUAGUCCUAAAAGGAGGACUCAGCGGUUUCAAGCAGAACCAUGAAAACCUCUGCGAUAACUCCCUCCAGCUGCAAGAGUGCCCGGAGGGGGGAGGAGGGGGCGGUGCAUCUGCUGUGCCCCCCACACUACCUCAGUCCAUCCCCACCACGCCGGACAUCGAGAACGCUGAGCUCACCCCCAUCCUGCCCUUCCUCUUCCUCGGAAACGAGCACGAUGCUCAGGACUUGGAGAAAAUGCAGAGGAUGAACAUAGGCUACGUAAUCAAUGUGACCACACACCUGCCCCUGUACCAUUAUGAGAAAGGCAUGUUCAACUACAAGCGGCUCCCGGCCACUGACAGCAACAAGCAGAAUCUCAGGCAGUAUUUUGAAGAGGCUUUUGAGUUCAUUGAGGAAGCUCAUCAGUGUGGAAAAGGUCUCCUCAUCCACUGCCAGGCUGGUGUCUCCCGAUCUGCCACCAUAGUUAUCGCAUACUUAAUGAAGCACACGCGCAUGACCAUGACGGAUGCCUAUAAAUUUGUAAAAGGCAAACGACCAAUCAUUUCCCCUAACCUUAACUUUAUGGGGCAGUUACUGGAGUUUGAAGAAGAUCUAAACAACGGUGUUACACCACGAAUCCUCACACCAAAGUUGAUCGGCGUAGAGACUGUCGUGUGAUGGCAAAGCUGUGAGGAGGUGGUCAAUGAAGGGGUUAACCUAUUCUUCACCUGAUUUGGGGCAGUGAUGGGUGGGUUGUGGGUUUUUCUUUUUAGCUUUCAAGGGGGGUUUUGUGGCAAACUUUUUGUGAAUAAAAACCUUUUUUUGUAAGGAAAGGUUUUUAAGAGAUCCAAGAACUUCCCCGUGUUUGGGAUGCUGUUGUGAUUUCCUUCCCAGACGCUGGCAGAGCAGGGAGGCUUCAGAGCAGAAGGAGUACUUCUUAAAAUCAAAACAAGAAGAAGAAAUAUGGGGCUUUUUUUUUCUUUUUAUUUUUCCCUCUUCUCCAGCUAUUUGUAGAGUUUAUGGCGAAGUAGUCUGUGCAGGUUCAUAGACUGAAGAAACCUAAGUUGAAGAUGAAACACAAACAGCCAAAACAAAGCAGGAAAAAAACCUCCCUGAAACAUAAGGGCCUUUGUUCUGCAAAGGUAUUGCUAAAGAUAACCUAGCUAAAUGCUCACCGAUGCAAUGGAAAUCGGAGCAGCUUAAAAAGGCUGCAAGGCACUUUUCACACCCUGACUCAAACUAAAGAAAAAGAAAAGUUUAUUUGGCGUGUUUCAUGUUCCAGUUCUAUUUUUCUAUUUUGGGGUGUAAGGUUUUAACAGUAAGGGACUUUGAUCAUUCUAUGCCAUAUGCCUUCACUGGCUUCUUGUGCAAUAAUAAUUUUGGGUUUAUUUUGAGUGUUUAAACCAAUUAGAGGUGGCUGCCCAUUAAUAAUAAAUAAUUUUUGAAGUCUAAUAGUGCAACAGCAGCCAGCUUGGUUCAGAAAGGAUAAAUGAGAGCAAUUAUUUCGUUCCUUUGUAUGAUUUUGAUCCUGGUUACAGUGCCAUAAACCUUGUUACAUAUGUAUAUCAGAAUGUACAAAAAUUAAGAACGAGCAAAGUUUAUUUAAAAAUAUUUUUCGCACAGAAUAUUGGUGUGUUUCAGUUGUCUAUGUAAAAAAUUUGAUUAUAAAACAAAAACUCUUUUGGAAAAUGUGUGUCCUUUUAUUUCUUUAGCAAUUUCCGUUUUCUUUCUGUAGGAUGGGUUUAUGCUCUGUUCUUUUUGUUUUGUUUUUUGUUGCAGCGUACAUCUCCCCUUUGACAAAACUGAUAACUCUUGGCAUCUCCUUUUCAGUGUUUCAUUCCUGUCCUCUGCUGGUGGAACAUGUUUUCUUUAGUCUCUACUGUACUGUUCCAUCCUUCAAUUUCUGUAACCGGAUUUUUCUCUUUUGGAAGUACAUCAGUCUCGGAGCUGUUCAGCUGAAUUAGCCCUAUCAGUGAGGGCUCUUUGGGACAGACCUGUUAUUUCUACAGCUCAGUAGCCAUUUGGAAAAAUAAGAAAUAAAUAUUCUGCACUGAUUCCUUUUGAUCUUUCUGCAAUUAGCUUAUGUUCUAUGUUAUAAAAUUGUCCGGUUUCUAGAAAUAUGUUGGUCUCUUGUGUGCUUUUUCCUGGCCUCUCUAUAGCCUGCUCCUCUAGCAGUUCCAUGAUUCCUGGGAAUCCUCCUCCUGGCAUUUUCCCUCUCUCUUGCCCAUCUUUCCUUCAUUGCCUGCCUUUUCCAGCUGUGUCAGUGUUAAGUGUGGUGUGUAUUUCUAGGGCUGAUGUUUCUGCCUGACAGUGUCCGUUAGAUGGCUGAAUUUUGCUUUCUUUGUAUUUACUUUUUUUUAAUUAUGUGCUAUAACCUCAUCUCUUCUGGACUGUUACCAACUCUACAGUUUAUUUGUAGGAGCCUAAAAUGAGGUAGAAAACACUUCUCUUAAUGAUUCUGUUGUGGAAACUGAUAUAUCCCAGGAAGUCUGGUAGCAGCAAAGGUUUUUCCUAAAUGAAAACGUAGGUGGACUGAACCAAGUUUAAAACAGGACCUGUCAGAAAACUUAUGUAUAAUCACAUUAGACAUGUAUAUUUUUGUGAACAUUUUACUUAAAAUGUUGUUACUAUACAGGUAUUUUCUUGAAACUUAUCCCUUUAUUAAAUUAUUUUUCUACUGGAA